AUGGAAUAUGCAGAUCAAGGAAAUCUAAAACAAUUCAUAGAACAUCAUUAAGGUGUUAAGAUUCAAGAGAGAGUAAUUUGUAAAAUUCUAAUUCAACUGACCUUGGUUUUAAUAUACCUCAGAGAAAAUCAAAUAUGUUACAAGGGAUUAAAUCCUGAAAAUAUUUUGAUUCAUUAAGACUAAGUUAGACUUGCGGAUUUUGGAAUAGACAAUUUGAUUUAACAUUAAAAACCAAGUUAUAGGCCUCCAGAAUUAUUGUUUCACAAUAAGUUUUCAUACAAAUCAAUUAUGUAUUAAUUGGGGCUGAUCUUAUAUGAGUUGACUACAUAGAGACCGCUAUUUAAAUUUGAACUAAUUGAAUAAAUAAAGGCUGUGAUCCAUAAUGGAGGAGCGUAAUUGUAAUUAUCAUAUAAGAAUUGUAAAAUUACCGUAGUUUUAUUCAAAAUAACUUCGAUUUAUUAUUAAAAACUGUCUUGAACUUCAAGAAUCCGAUCGACUUGAUAUCCGUCAAUUGGUUCAUAAUGAUAAUUUUAAAUUUCUAAUCAGCCAAAAAUACAUGACAUUUACAUUUGAAUAAUAAAGUACCUUUGACCUAUGGUGUAAUAUUUAAUCAUCAAAUUAAUAAUUAAUUAGUAUUGAUACUCCAAAAAAUGAGACUGAAAAUAAAGAACGAUAAUCCAAUUAUACUGCACACACAUAAGAGAUAAAAUAAGUCCAUCAAUCAAUAAUUUUAGAAAAAAAGGUUUAUGAUAAAAAAUCAACAUACAAAUCGAAUCUUCAAAGAUAAUAAGAUGAAAUAAUGAGUCUAAGACCUUUGUCCUCAUAAACCAAGUUGUCUUAAUCAAAUCCUGCAUUAAAAAUAAACAAUUUUUUUGUUAAGGACAAUUUAGCUGUUUAUAGGAAUAGGAAAGUAAAAUCUCCUAUUCAUAAAGGAUUCUAAAGUGAUUAAAUGUUUAAAGCGAGUAAUUUAGAUACAGAACAUAAACCAUAAGAUAUUAUUAAUAAUCUUAUUAAGAUGAAGAUGGAAUAGUGUAUUGAAACAAUUGGAGAAAAAGAAACUGAACAAAUAUUGGAUUUUCNUAUAUUUAAAUGCCUAAAAUUACUAGAAAAUGCUAAUCGAUAUGGAAUAUUACAUUUUUUCAAUAAAAUUCCUAAAAAACAGUUUUUGAUUCUAGUUCAUCUAUUGAUUAUGAUCCUCUUUCUGGAUCGAAAAGUGCUAAGUUAACUUUCUGUCCUUUGGUCUCUUAAGUGUUAGAAUGAUGAAAAUUAUAAUUCUAUUUUUAUUUAAGAAUUGUUAUUUUAUAUAUUUAUUUAAUAUAUAGAUGCAAAAUUAUUAAAUAUUAGAGAAGUUGUAUGAAUCUAAGACGACUGUAAUUCAUAAGGUUAGAGAUAUCAAGGAUUAUAAUAUUUAUGCAAUGAAAGAAUUUAUGGGUUUGCGUAAUUAAGGUACUUAAGUCGUUUUCCUUAGGUUUAAGUGAAAUCUAAUUAAUCAAACAAUGUUAAAUUCCUUUUAUUAUUAAAAUAAAGGAGGCUUUUCUUUUAGAUGAAAAUGUAAUCUUAAUUAUGGAAUAUGCAGAUCAAGGAAAUCUAAAACAAUUCAUAGAACAUCAUUAAGGUGUUAAGAUUCAAGAGAGAGUAAUUUGUAAAAUUCUAAUUCAACUGACCUUGGUUUUAAUAUACCUCAGAGAAAAUCAAAUAUGUUACAAGGGAUUAAAUCCUGAAAAUAUUUUGAUUCAUUAAGACUAAGUUAGACUUGCGGAUUUUGGAAUAGACAAUUUGAUUUAACAUUAAAAACCAAGUUAUAGGCCUCCAGAAUUAUUGUUUCACAAUAAGUUUUCAUACAAAUCAAUUAUGUAUUAAUUGGGGCUGAUCUUAUAUGAGUUGACUACAUAGAGACCGCUAUUUAAAUUUGAACUAAUUGAAUAAAUAAAGGCUGUGAUCCAUAAUGGAGGAGCGUAAUUGUAAUUAUCAUAUAAGAAUUGUAAAAUUACCGUAGUUUUAUUCAAAAUAACUUCGAUUUAUUAUUAAAAACUGUCUUGAACUUCAAGAAUCCGAUCGACUUGAUAUCCGUCAAUUGGUUCAUAAUGAUAAUUUUAAAUUUCUAAUCAGCCAAAAAUACAUGACAUUUACAUUUGAAUAAUAAAGUACCUUUGACCUAUGGUGUAAUAUUUAAUCAUCAAAUUAAUAAUUAAUUAGUAUUGAUACUCCAAAAAAUGAGACUGAAAAUAAAGAACGAUAAUCCAAUUAUACUGCACACACAUAAGAGAUAAAAUAAGUCCAUCAAUCAAUAAUUUUAGAAAAAAAGGUUUAUGAUAAAAAAUCAACAUACAAAUCGAAUCUUCAAAGAUAAUAAGAUGAAAUAAUGAGUCUAAGACCUUUGUCCUCAUAAACCAAGUUGUCUUAAUCAAAUCCUGCAUUAAAAAUAAACAAUUUUUUUGUUAAGGACAAUUUAGCUGUUUAUAGGAAUAGGAAAGUAAAAUCUCCUAUUCAUAAAGGAUUCUAAAGUGAUUAAAUGUUUAAAGCGAGUAAUUUAGAUACAGAACAUAAACCAUAAGAUAUUAUUAAUAAUCUUAUUAAGAUGAAGAUGGAAUAGUGUAUUGAAACAAUUGGAGAAAAAGAAACUGAACAAAUAUUGGAUUUUCUAAGAUAAGGAGGAUCUAUAAAAGAGUUUCUUUCUAAAAAUCAAGACUCAAAACAUCUAUGCAUAGCAAAACAUAUGUUAGACAUUAUUUCAUAUUCUUAAAUAUGA